AUGGCUCCAGUCAAGAACGGACGUGUGCUCUUUAACGAGAUCCCCACCGGUCUCCCCGUAGCCGGGCGGACGACGGUGUACGAUGCCUCGCAGACGAUUGACCUGGACAGCGUCCCCCUCAACGGCGGCUUCCUCGUCAAGACGCUCGUCCUUUCCAUCGAUCCCUAUAUGCGGGGCAAGAUGAGGGAUCCGAGCGUUAAGAGCUACUCGCCCCCGUACUUCACAGGAGAGCCUCUCUCGAACUAUGGCGUCGGCGUCAUCCUGCGCUCCGAGAACGCCGCCGUCAAGCCCGGCAGUCACGUGUACUCGCAUGCCUUCCUUUUCCAGGAGUACUUCGUCGCCAACGACGCGAGCGCAUUCACCGUCCUUGAGAACAAGGAGAACCUCCCCUGGUCCACAUACGUCGGCGUCUGUGGCAUGCCUGGUCAGACGGCACACCAUGCAUGGAGGGAGUUCGCUCACCCGCAAAAGGGUGACGUCGCCUUUGUGACCACUGGUGCAGGCCCUGUCGGAGCGACCGUCAUCCAGCUGGCUAAGAAGGACGGCCUCAAGGUGAUUGCUUCCGCCGGCUCUGACGAGAAGGUCGAGUUCAUGAAGUCGCUCGGCGCGGACGUCGUCUUCAAUUACAAGACGGAGAAGACGGCCGACGUACUCCAGCGCGAGGGCCCCAUCAACAUCUAUUGGGACAACGUCGGCGGCGAGACCUUCGAGGCGGCGAUCGACGCAGCCGCGCCGCGCGCGCGCUUCAUCGAGUGCGGCAUGAUCUCCGCGUACAACGGCCAGGCGCCGUACUAUGUGAAGAACCUCGUCCUCAUCGUGGGCAAGCAGCUGAAGAUAUCGGGCUUCAUCGUGAUGGACCUGUUCGCGAAGCACCUCGCGGAGUUCUACCGCGAGAUCCCUGCGGCGGUCGCGCGCGGGGAGAUCAAGUACCUCGAGGACCGCAAGCUGGGGCUGGAGCACGCGGGCGAGGCGAUCGUCGACGUGCAGACGGGGCGGAACAAGGGGAAGAGCGUGAUUGUGGUCGCGCAGGAGUGA